CCGGUUCAAGGCCGUAGUGCAUUUAACAUCCGCCGGGGGUUUUCUAACGGCACUUGUUCCCGGGAUCAAGCUCUCCCUUAUUUGGUUUUUGUUCUUCCCGUACUUUUGUAGAAAAAUGGAAAUCGGCGCUCCUCCAACAUCCAAGUGCAUUAUCUACUGGAAAAGAAAAGUCAAGUCUGAAUAUAUGCGCCUGCGGCAGCUGAAGAGGUUUCAGGCAAACAUGGGAGCCAAGGCUCUGUUUGUGGCCAACUUUGCGAAGGUUCAUGAAAAGACUCAGAUUCUGAAUGAAGAGUGGAAGAAGCUCCGAGUCCAGCCAGUGCAGCUGAUGAAGCCAGUCAGCGGGCACCCGUUCCUGAAACAGUGCACCGUUGAGAGCAUUUUCCCGGGAUUCCCAAGCCAGACGCUGUACAUGAGGACACUGAACACGGUGGCACUGGUGCCCAUCAUGUACUCCUGGUCCCCGCUGCAGCAGAAUUUCAUGGUGGAGGAUGAAACCGUUCUGUGCAACAUCCCUUACAUGGGGGACGAGGUGAAGGAAGAAGAUGAAACUUUCAUUGAAGAACUUAUUAAUAACUACGAUGGGAAGGUGCAUGGAGAGGAAGAAAUGAUUUCGGGGUCAGUCCUCAUCAGCGACGCCGUGUUCCUGGAGCUGGUGAAUGCCCUGAAUCAGUACUCGGACGAGGAAGAGGAAGGACACAACGAUUCUGAGGCUAAACAGGAGGAUGGGAAAGAGGAGCUGCCGGUCACAAGGAAGAGAAAGCGAAUCUCAGUGGAAGGUAACAAGAAGUGCUCAAAGAAGCGGUUUCCAAAUGACAUGAUAUUCACGGCUAUUUCUUCUAUGUUUCCUGAAUACGGCUUCCCAGAUGAUAUGAAAGAGAGGUACCGGGAGCUGACGGAGGUGUCGGACCCCAACGUGCUGCCGCCGCAGUGCACCCCCAACAUCGACGGGCCGUGCGCGAAGUCGGUCCAGCGGGAGCAGUCCCUGCACUCCUUCCACCCCCUCUUCUGCCGCCGCUGCUUCAAAUACGACUGCUUUCUGCAUC